AUGUCAACUAUAGUCACAAAGAAAGGUAUUAAGAUCGCUAAUCUAGCUAUAGGUGCAAUUGGCUCACUAGCUGCACUUUCUCAAUUGACAUAUGUAGUUUCUGAUUUUAACGUUUUUAUGCUAUCUCUUUUCGCAAUCCCAUUAUCCGCAAUGAUUAUAAUGAUGGAAUUCAAAGUACCAACUCAAUUGUACAAUUUUGCAUCUUUUUAUUUCAGUUUUCUAGGUAGAGGUAUAUUACAGAUCUUAUUAGGUAUUAUGGUAUGUCACGGUGGAGCUUUGAAAUUGAUGUCUGCUUUUUUACUAAUAAUAAGUGGUAUUGCUUAUUGUUUAUUCCAAUUCCUGCCAAUGAUUGAAGAACCAGAUUUUUUCAAAGUUGCAGGUAGUUCCUUAACUGUAGGUGAUGAUGAAUUUGAUGAUGAUGAUGAAGUUAUCUAA